GCAUGCAUUCAAUCUCUUCUCGAAAAUCUACACCAGCUCAUCGCGCGGUUUUCACGGCGGCCGCGAGGACGGUUACGUGCUCUGCCCAGUGCCCACGACGUGCUCGACGUAAUGCGCUCAGAGGAUUCUUGUUAGAUUUUCUCUCGACCCGGCAAUUCUUAAGCGUCUUCUCCCUGGACCGUUAACAAACAGUUGCGCGCACAGGAUCUAGCAGCGAGCAGCGGCUGGUGUGUGUGUUUUCUUUUUUUGUAUUGGCAGCGGUAGAGUUUCUUGGCAUUUUUCUUUCUUCUGCUUGUCCUGAUUGUUAAUUAGUACUACUCCACUACCAAUGGCGAUGGGUUCGGGAGUUGACAUGGACCCUGUCUCUAUGCAUAUGCAAGCAUUUUCUGCCGAGUUGUUAAUUGGCCAACUUGUCCCAGUGGACACUUUGGUUUAUUCGCCUUUUUUCCUCCGAGAAAACUGUUCUUUUGUUGCAGAGCGCCUCAGACGACCUGGCCUAAACAAUGUUGUAUUGUUUUUUGAUAGUGCAUCUCGCUAUAUUUUUCCAUUCCUCUUUGUCCAUCUCUCCUUCCUUCUCCGGUUCUCCCUCAUUCUUGCAACCGUCUGUACAACAUGGCCCUUGUACCAUCGGUUGCAGCCGGCAACAACGCGCUGCAGGUGUUUGCAGCUCGUGUCGGCCUCGGUGACGGUGUUGUUGCCCUCGAGGAGAAGCUGAGAAACGCAGGUGCGGUGCUGGGUGCUGCCCGGGAGAUUGAAAUCCGGAAUGAGGCUCUGGUGCAGUCCUUGCCGCAGCUGCAGCGUUUGAUCUAUGAUGCCGAGGAGGUUCUUGAUGAGAUCGACUACUUCCGUGUGCAAGCAGGAUUCAACACUGAUGAGGAGAUGCUAGAUGAAAUUGAUGACUCUCUGUGUGACGAUGAUGAAGUCAACAGAGGUAGUGGCGGUGGAAACAGUGAUGCUUGUGGUGGUUCUAGUCUUGUUUCUCCUGCUGAUGUGGAUAACCAAGGUACUAUCAGUGCGUUGGUUCCUGCAUAUGAACGUUCCAUCAUGCGGGCUGUGGCAAGAGCUGAGCUCAACAGCGAUGAGCUGUUGCCUCAGAUCUGUGAAAUCAGUAGGUCAUUGGGGGAUUUCACUGGCGCCAUACGUGAUGCACUCAAGCUGGAGGAGCUUGAUGGCAUUGCACUCGCAAAGCAUGGAUCUGAAAGCACAAAGCGCUUGACGACCCCGUAUCUCACUGUAACGAAGAUAUUUGGGAGGGACCAUGAGAGGGAUCAAAUCAUAAGGUUGUUGACCAGUGAUGCCUAUCGCAACCAAACCCUCACGGUUCUCCCUGUUGUUGGUAAUGGUGGUAUUGGCAAGACUGCGUUGGCACAGUAUGUGUUCAGUGAUCCCAGAAUAGAAACCUAUUUUGAUAUGAAGAUUUGGAUAUGUGUCUCCCUGAAUUUUGAUGCUGUGAGGCUUACCAGACAGAUGUUAGAGUGCAUCACUGGAAUGGACCAAGGAGGCGGUGCAAAUUUGAAUAUUCUUCAGGAUGCACUUAAAGAUGCAUUGAAGGGCAGCAGAGUUUUGCUAGUUUUAGAUGACAUAUGGGAUAUCAAGGACAGCAACGAGUGGAGCCAGCUUGUGGCUCCAUUGAGGUCUAACCAGCAAGGGGAAGGUAAUGCGAUCUUAGCGACUACUCGAAACCAAUCUGUCGCGAAGUCUGUUGGUGCAUUGGACUCUGUUGCAUUGGAUGGUCUUGAAAGUGAAGCUUUCUGGGACUGUUUCAGAGCAUAUGCAUUUGGUAAAGAAAAGGGGCAUAAGAAGUUGCACCGUAUUGGGAGGCAAAUAGCUGAUAGACUAAAGGGUUAUCCGCUGGCAGCUAAAAGUGUAGGGGGCUUACUGCGGAAAGAUAUCAGUGUUGAGCGAUGGACAAGAAUUUUAGAGAGAAAAGAGUGGAUAUCACAUCAAGAUACUGAAGGUAUAAUAGCAAUUCUGAAGUUCAGUUAUGACUAUCUGCCCUUCCAUCUGCGGCGAUGCUUCUCAUAUUGUUCAUUGUUUCCCAAAAGCUAUCAGAUUUAUGCAGAGGACUUGGUCUAUCUUUGGAUUUCUCAAGGGUUUGUAUAUCCUGCAAGUGAUAAUAGAAGGCUUGAAGAAAUUGGGUCUGAAUACCUUGAUGAUUUAGUGAAUCUGGGCUUCUUCGAGAAACUAGAUAAAGACCGAACUGAUAUCCACUUCCUAAUGCAUGACUUGAUGCAUGACCUAGCUCAGGGUGUUUCAUCAAAAGAAUGCUUUACUAUGGAUGGUUCUCAGUGCCAACAAAUGCCACCAACAAUUCAACAUUUGUCUAUAAUUGCUACAUCACAGUAUUCAGACUUUGAGAAAGAUAUGGUUCAAUUGACUUCACUGCAAUCCAACAAGCUCGUGUCCUUCAUGCUCUUUGGCAGUUUUGGUUCCACAUUUGUUAAGAACUUUCACUUUAUGACCGAUGUGACACAGAAUUUGCGUACAUUGCGGCUAUCAGGAUUUGAAGAUGAUGGGGACAUUCUAUCUGGCUUUGGGCAUUGCAUUCAUCUUCGCUAUUUACGAGCAACCAAACAAGAGAAUGACAAACACAAUCCUUGGUUUGAAAGAUUUGAUCGGCAAUUUCCUAAAGAGCUGUGCGCACUUUACCGCUUGCAAUUUCUGACUGUAGGAGUAGACUGCCAUCUUUCUAACUUGACAAAAAGCUUCUCUAAUCUUGUCAACCUGCGCCAUUUCAUUUGUCAUGAGGAAAGCCAUUCAGAGAUAUCAAAUGUUAGCAAAUUAACUUCUCUUCAAGAGCUGCGCCAGUUCAUGGUCAGAAAGAAAGCUGGUUUUUGGAUAGCACAGUUGGGGAAUCUGUUAGAGCUUGGCUCACUAUGCAUUUUUGGCCUCGAGAACCUAGAAAGCAAGGAAGAGGCAAACAAUGCCAGGCUUCUGGAUAGAAAACACUUAAGAAACUUGUGCUUGAGCUGGGAUGCUAGUAGGGUGUCUGCUAAUCCUGAUGCCAUAAAGGAGGUACUUGAGGGACUUCAACCACAUCCGGACCUAAACCAUCUUCAGAUCAGUGGGUACAGGAGUGCUACACCUCCAACAUGGUUAGGAGAGGCUUCACCACUUAUCCGUUUGCGAUCGAUCUAUUUAGAAGAUUGCCAGUUUUUGAGGACUCUACCACCUUUUGUGCACCUGAAGUGUCUGAAGAAACUACAUCUGGUAAGAAUUUGCGGUACAACGGACAUGUCAACCCAUUCUUUAGAGGAACUGAUUAUUGAGGAAGUGGAAGAACUAGAAAGGUGGAUCGUUAGGGAUGAUCUCCCAUUACUAGCUUCUGAGCUACAUGUUCUUGAAAUUAAAGGUUGCCCAAAACUAAGAGAACUUCCACUGUCAUGUUACUCUGCCUCCCAAACUGUCGCUAUUCAUGUGUUUCCUGUUCUCUACAGUUUGAUCAUUCAUGAUUGUCCCCUGCUAAUGUCGUUACCUCCCCUUCCUCUUGGACCCAAGGUAUUGAAAAUGACAACCGUAAAUGUUGGGUCAGCAUUAUAUGAGAGUUUGUCAUAUUAUCAGUUUAAGAGUUUGUCAUAUUAUCAGACACUGAUCCUGCAUGGUAGUAACCAAUUGAGAACUCCAAAUGGAGUCUUAGCCAUGCAUAAUCUAGGAACAUUAUACGAACUCACUCUCAUAAACUGCUCAAACCUCACAUGGUUUUCAUGGGCGGGGGCAUUCUGGCAACUCAAGUCUUUGAAGAAAUUGAACUUUGUCGAUUGCCCCAACCUCCUCUCAAUGCCUGCUACUCAAGAAGAGCAAGACUACAUGAGAGAUCGUCCAUUGCUAGCUCUUGAGACGCUUACAAUCGAGUCAUGCUGCAUCAGAGGGAAUUGGUUUGGUCAUGUGUUGUCACUUUUACCAUCUCUGUCCUACCUGGAGAUGGGUGAAUGUGCAGGGGCAGCAGAUGAUGAGUGCAUGGUGCUGAUUUCACCUGGUUCAUUGACAUCUUUAAAGGAGUUAUAUGUCACAAAUUGCGUAGAACUCUAUUGUGGAAACAUUGAAGGACUUGGAGGGCUCAUCUCCCUUGAGAAGUUAAGGAUUGGAGACUGCCCCAAGCUCCUGUCGUCUUUGAUGCCUGAAGAGAUGGAGGAAGACGGUGGAAGCUUGAGCAGAAACAUCCUCCUUCCACCAUCAUUGCAAGAACUGGUGCUUGAUGGUGUUACUCAGAAGUUGCUGUCGCUCUCAAGCCUCACCUGUUUGAAGGACCUGGGCAUAACCGAGAGCUCAGAUCUAGAAUCUCUUGAUCUGCACUCGUGCACGGCACUGGAAGAGGUAAGAAUCCACUGCUGCGGAGCGUUGUCUUCUGUACAAGGCUUGCAAACAUGCAUCAACUUGAGAUCUGUUCAAGUUUACAGCAGUCCUGACUUUUGGAGUGCUUGGAGUCCUGCAAUGCAAGAGCUGGAGAGGGUAGGUCAUGGCCUUUUCUUCCCACAACUGGAAAGGAUCUGGACAGAUGAUCUCUCCUUGCUGACAAGCUGCAGUUGUAAAUUUCUCACGUCCCUUGGGAGGCUAGGCUUUCUGUUUUAUGAAGAUGAUGAAGACAGCAACUCCACAAUGGAGGAUCCAAAUGAAGUUUUCCUACUCCUUACCUCCCUCACAGAGCUCGAGUUCAACUCCUACAAUAAACUCCGCUCAUUACCAGCAACACUGCAUCUCCUUCCUUCCCUCAAGAAGCUAGCAAUCAAAUCAUGCGAAAGCAUUGAGUCACUGGAAGAAGUAGCCCUACCAGCUUCCCUGGAAGAGUUGCACAUCAGUGAUUGUGGCAGUCUGCAGUCUCUACCUGCAAGCCUGAAUUGUCUCCACUCCUUCAGGAAGUUAGAGAUCUUGUGUUGUACAGGCAUCCUUUCACUGCAAGAGCAGCGUCUGCCACCUUCCCUGGAAGAGAUGGUGAUCGGUUCCUGCAAGAAUCUCCAGUCUCUCCCGGAUGAUCUGCAUCGUUUGAGCUCUCUUAGCAAGUUAGAGAUCAAGUCCUGUCCGAGCAUUAAGUCACUGCCAGAGUGUGGCAUGCCACCUGCCCUGAGAGAUUUCUGGGUCUGGGACUGCAGUGAGGAGUUAAAGGAAGAAUGCAACAAGGUUAGAAACAUCAAAAGGAUGACACAAAUAUAUAUGUAACUGAGUCGGAGGUCUUGAAGAUUUUCAGUUGGAAGCUGUUUCGCAUGUCUCCAAUUUGGAUGAAGUUCAGGGAAGCUACACCGGACACUACACACAAAAAUGCAGAAGGUGGGGUCAAUAUCUAUUCACUAUGGUGCUGAUUCUUCAGCUGGAUUUGUGACAUAAAAGCUGCUCUUUUUUGUGACAGCAGCUACUUGAUUUGCUUCCAUAACAGUUCUUAUGCAGGACAACUCUACCUUAUUGGAGACUGUCACUACAAUCUCAGGAACCAAAUGCUCCAGUGGUUUCUAUGAGAGCCAGGAGCCGUAUGCACAUACUGCUCCGGUAUCCUCUUGUCAGCCCUCGGUUUUCACCGGCAUAGGAUUUUCAGACCCUUGGGCCGUUCUUUCUCCAGGCAUUUCUAUUCAGAACCAUACAUAUGUUGAGAAGAAUGGAGGAUGCCCUCACCACACUACACCAGAUUCCAGUAUUCCACGUUCAGUUUACAGUUGGAUUAAGCACUGCCGAUUGUCUAUUGCAUGACCUGGAAAGAAACGAAUUCAAUUCAGCCAUAACUUUGCAGUGUACAUGUUAAAUGUAUUGAGCUGAAAUGCUGGAUGUUUGGGAGCAGUGGAGCUGGGCCACUUUCCUGGCUGUUCCAGCAGUUUCAGUUGGAGCCAAGGAAAAUGUGUUGGUGCACCUAGGACCAGGACAGGGUGCAUGUGCAGCGCUAUGGAAACCGAAGUGGCGGCAGCUCAGGGUUCGUUGAUGCUCCAGGCUCAGGUAAAGGCUACUCUGCUGCCUGAUGUUAUGCGAAACUAGUUGAUCGCUACGGUGGGAGCGUCGACCAACCUCCAUCCAGGUCGGCGCAGGCCAACAAGGGCACAGAAGAAGGGGCUGAGGCAGGCAGGCAUUGAGAGAUACGGAUGACCUAAACCGAAAGAGGAUUACGUCAAGACUGAAUGUGGAGGCAGGCAUCGUACUAAUUUCUUACUCCCUCCGAUUGUCUCAGAUUUAGUACAAAGUUACUUCCUUAGUUUGUACUAAAUCAGCGCCAGCUAAUAUGGAACGGAAGGAGUAGUAUAAAGUUGUACUAAACCUGAGAUAUUUAUUAUGGAUCAGAGAAAAUACAAUUUAUGUUUUC